AUUGUGAAAAACAAGCGGUUUUGCCCUUCUGCAGCGCUUCCUGUCUGUCCCGCCGUGUCUCGCUUCACGGUAUUGAGGUUUUUUUUUUAUUAUCAGUCAGAUCCAGAUCUGCUGCUGUUUCUAUGAUCCCUGGGUCACUUCACCGCAUCAAUGGCUGAUCAUGUGGAAAAUGCUGUCAAUAAUGUGUCCAGUGACGGGACGGAGGCCCACCGUCACACUGAGACGAGCCCCGGCCGUACCGAGGUGGAGCUGAACGGACAGCCGCCCACCGCUCGGCCCCCGCAGGUGCUCACAGACACCGAGGAGGACGAGGAUGAGGAGCUGACCCUCAAAUACGGAGCCAAGCACGUGAUCAUGCUGUUCAUUCCCGUCACGCUGUGUAUGGUGGUGGUGGUGGCCACCAUCAAAUCAGUCAGUUUCUACACGCAGAAGGACGGCCAGCAGCUGAUCUACACCCCGUUCCGUGAGGACACAGAGACGGUGGGACAGCGGGCACUGAACUCCAUGCUCAACGCCUUCAUCAUGAUCGGAGUGAUUCUGGUCAUGACCAUGGUGCUGGUGGUGCUCUACAAGUACAGAUGCUACAAGGUGAUUCAAGCCUGGCUGUUCUUCUCCAACCUCCUCCUCCUCUUCUUUUUCUCCUUAAUUUAUUUGGGGGAAGUGUUCAAGACGUAUAAUGUGGCCAUGGACUACCUGACGUUAGCGCUGAUCAUCUGGAACUUCGGUGUGGUGGGAAUGAUCUGUAUCCACUGGAAGGGUCCUCUGCGGCUCCAGCAGGCCUAUCUGAUCAUGAUCAGCGCUCUCAUGGCCCUGGUCUUCAUCAAGUACCUGCCCGAGUGGACCGCCUGGCUCAUCCUCGCUGCUAUAUCCGUCUACGAUCUGUUGGCGGUGUUGUGCCCGAAAGGACCUCUGCGUAUCCUGGUGGAAACGGCUCAAGAGAGGAAUGAAACCAUCUUCCCUGCUCUCAUCUACAGCUCAACGAUGGUGUGGCUGUUUAACAUGGCAGACAGCGCAGAGACCAGGAAUAAUUCCAGCCAUCCAGUUCCUGAGCAGGAGAACCAGGUGGCCGUGGCACCCACAGCUCAGCCGGAGGAUGAUGGUGGCUUCACACCAGCGUGGGUCGAUCAGCAGCAGCACCAGCUCGGCCCCAUGCAGUCCACUGAGGACAGCAGACGACAGAUCCAGGAGUUGCCCUCCGCUCGCCCGCCACCUGAGGAAGACGACGAAGAGCGGGGUGUGAAGCUGGGUUUGGGAGAUUUCAUCUUUUACAGUAUGCUGGUGGGUAAAGCAUCGGCUACAGCCAGCGGUGACUGGAACACGACGCUAGCCUGCUUUGUGGCCAUUCUCAUCGGUUUGUGUCUAACUCUGCUCCUCCUGGCGAUCUUCAAAAAGGCCCUUCCAGCUCUCCCCAUCUCUAUAACCUUUGGCCUGGUCUUUUACUUUGCCACCGAUAACCUCGUGCGGCCGUUCAUGGAUCAGCUGGCUGUUCAUCAGUUCUACAUUUAGCACGGAGGAGAGGUCACUUUACAGCUGAUUCCCAGAAUCCUCUUGCAGGGAAAGUGAGCCCUGUAGACUAGCACACAUUUCCUCUUCCUCUGGAAACAUGACUGGACUGGCUGUUUUUGGCAUUGAAUGACUCUCUAUUAAUUACAGUGCCUCUCCAGUGACUCAUUUGAUCCUGAUAUUUGCUUUGCUAACUUCUUCGGCCGAUAUGCCGAACAUUUGUUUGUUUAGAGAAAACACAGACCAUCAUACAUAUAAGAAUGGAUGAAAGUGAUGAUGACUUUAUCACUUUGAUAAACUCUGGUGUAUGGAAUGGGACCAGAUCUUGGAUUCACUUUCUAGGCAUUACAUGAAUUCCAGCUCCAAUAUAGUGAGCGUUAACUCUCUGAAUGAUAUGUUUGCACGCACAGAGGUAGGUACUGAUCACUUUUAUUGGUCUUCUGAGGGUGCCUGUGAUACUUUGAGUUUUAAUUUUUAACACCGCGUCCAACCAUUUGACCAUAUUUGAGACAAUGUUCUGGUUUACUCCAGCAUUAAAUCAAGUGCUGAUCCAAGCUACUGUUCUGCUCUCCUGAAAAGUGAGAGCGUGUCAUUUUGGAAUGUAUAAACGUCCUCUUUCAUUUCCUACGUGUUUGGACAAGGUGUCAGGAGACUGUAUGGGAAUUGUUUGUUUGUAAAUUUUGUUGAUGUUUUGCUUCUUUUUUUAUUUACCAGCACAAUGGUUGAUGAAUGGCUUUUACUUUCAUAUUACUGACACCUUUUGUCAUUUCAAGAAAAAAAAAUGUUUUGUAACUAAAUUGAAAGAUUCACAAAUAAAAAGGGGUUGCUCGUUUGAGCAAAUUUCAGUCUC